AUGCGACCCACGCUAGCUAAUCCUAGCGCGAACGCAAAUACGAUCUCAAAUCCUUCAAGAAUUAACCCCCCCUUUAACAGGCCCAUCUAUACUAGUCAAGCCUCGCCUCGUGAUUCGCCAGCGUCUUCCAUGGAUAUCGAUAAGAAAGAGGUCGAAACGUUUGAAGAGGAAGAGGAGGAACUGGGCGAAUCUCGCGAUUCGCCCAGUUCCUCCAGCUCUUCCUCAGAUGACGUUAUCUUCAUCAAGGAACAACAGAUCCACUCGACCUCGCCUUCGGUAAACACUACUUAUUACACUCCGUUGCCAGAUAAUUAUUCCUAUACUUUACCCUCGUCGUAUAGAAAACAACGUACUAUCUCGUUGCCUCAGCUGCCCUUCAGCAGGUUGGCCUACGAGACGGCGAAUUAUAUGUCCCCCCGUGUGGAACGGGACGACGACUUGAUCCAUCUCACCGGUUCUUCCUCCAAGACGCUUUCGGGCAACAGAAGUGUCAAUUUAAAACUGUUGCAGACUCCAGUACCCGACAUCACUGUGUUGGAAUCCAUGCCCUUGACAUCGGCAAACUCCAACUCUGUGUCUCCGAUGUCCAUUACCAAUGCAAGUACAAAUGCAAUGUCAAACACCACGGCUUAUUAUUCGGGCUCGAAUUCCGCGGCUAGCACCAAUAGUAGUGGUAGUAGUAGUAGUAGUAGUAGUAACACUACCACGGGCGGCGUCUCAAACGUCAUUACCAAGAAAAGUUCGUUAAAGAAGAAUUCGUUGAAAAGAAUAAAAAACCCUCCCAAAUUGACUUCCAAAUUGAUCAUUGGCAAAAAACAACGCACCAUUAAAGAUAAUUUCAAAACAGAUAAAGACGGUCAUUAUAUUUAUAAACAGAAUGAUACAUUGGCAAAUAACAAAUACAUUGUCAAGGCGUUGUUGGGUCAAGGGACUUUUGGAAAAGUCUUGAAAUGUCUUGUGAAUGAACAAGGCGAACCACAUUACGUCGCUAUCAAAGUCAUCAAAUCAAUCGACCGAUAUAGAGAGGCCGCAAAGACUGAAUUAAGAAUCCUCAAGGCCAUCCUUACAAAUGAUCCUCAGGGGAUUUACCAAUGUUUGCUCUUGAAAGAUUGUUUUGAUUAUAAAAACCACGUCUGUUUUAUCACCGAAUUGUACGGUAGAUCCAUCUACGAUUUCAUGUGUUCCAACGGGAUUGCCAGAUUCCCCGGCUCACAUGUACAAGCCAUUGCAAGACAAUUGAUUCGAUCCAUUUGUUUCUUGCAUGAUCUUGGUAUCAUCCAUACCGAUUUGAAACCAGAAAAUAUUUUGCUCAUCGACGAAUCCACAAUCGAUUACCCCUUGCCACCAAACGUUCUUAAUUCAAUCUCGUUAAGAAGAAAGACUGCUUCCAAUGGUAAACGAAAGAUUCUCACCAACCCGGAGAUAAAAUUGAUCGAUUUUGGUUCUGCAAUCUUUCAUGAUGAAUACCAUCCUCCCAUAAUCUCGACACGUCAUUAUCGUGCUCCAGAGAUUGUUUUGGGACUUGGAUGGUCUUAUCCAUGUGAUGUUUGGUCUAUUGGAUGUGUAUUGGUAGAAUUGGUUACUGGUGAAUCUCUUUAUCCAAUCCAUGAAAAUUUGGAACAUAUGGCCAUGAUGGAAAGAGUCAAUGGAUUACCAUUCCCACCAAAAUUGAUUGAUAAGAUGUUUUUCAAAAUUAAAAAUAAGUUGGGCAAUUUGCCAGCAGAUUUGAAUUCUACUGUGGUCAAACAUUUCAACGAUGACACUUUACAAUUACAAUGGCCAGAGAAAAAUUCCAAAGGUCAAUACAUCACUUCGGAAAAAUCCAUGCAUCGUGUCAUGGAUGGUUGUUCAAGAUUGGAUCUACACAUUUCCAAUAAAUUGAAAUUGGAUUAUGGUGAUGCUUUCAAUAUCAAUUGGAAUUUGUCUCCAGAUAAGAAUUGGAAUUUGAUUACUUGUAAUUUACAAACCUCUUCGAGUUUGGACAAGGAAACUUUUCUCUUUUGGUAUUGGUUUUUAGAUUUAUCGAGGAAAUUGUUUGAAUUCGAUCCUACAAAGAGAAUUACUGCAAAGGAUGCAUUGAAUCAUCCUUGGUUUGGUUUGGGAAUAUUGGAUCAAGGUAUUGCAAUUUACGAGCAACGAGCGUAA